UCCGCACCACUGCGGAAACCCUUAAAGAUAGUUUGGAGUAACUCUUCAAAUAAUCAUAUUUUGGGAACCGAUACAGUGGAAACCCUUAAAGAUAGUUUGGAGUAACUCUUCAAAUAAUCAUAUUUUGGGAACCGAUACAGUGAAAAGAAUCUCAAGAAGUCCAAUAUGUCGGGAGCUCAGUGUUGUGAGAAUCCACCAACUCUAAACUCAGCCAGUGGAAAUGGGAAAGUUGAACAAUUUGGAGGCCUUAGCUCUUACAUUUCUGGCCCUGCUAAUUCCAUCGCUGCUGUCGUUUUGAUCUCUGAUGUUUAUGGAUAUGAAGCUCCAAGUUUGAGGAAGAUUGCAGACAAAGUCGGGGCUGCUGGAUUUCGUGCCGUGGUGCCAGAUUUCUUCCACGGAGAUCCCUACGUACCAGAUCAGAAGCCGAUCACUGAAUGGCUUAAAGAUCAUGGACCAGAUCAGGGAUUUGAAAAUGCAAAACCAGUUAUUGAAGCUCUGAAAAGCAAAGGGAUAACCAAGAUUGGAGCUGUUGGCUUCUGCUGGGGAGCCAAGGUGGUUGUGGAGCUGUCGAAGCAUCCUUACAUCCAAGCCGCGGUGAUCAUACAUCCUUCCUUCGUCUCAUUAGAAGAUAUUCAGGGAGUGAAGGUCCCAUUAGCUUUACUUGCAUCUGAGAUUGACAAUAUGUGUCCACCAGAGGUUGCCAAACAAUUCGAAGCUGCCUUAAACGCUAAGCCUGAUGUGGAUAGCUUUGUGAAGAUAUUCGCGGGGUGUUCACACGGGUGGUCCGUGAGGUACAAAGACGAAGACGAAGGGGCCGUGAAGAGUGCUGAGGAGGCUCACAGAGACAUGCUGGAUUGGUUUGUUAAGUAUGUCAAGUGAAUUUGGUUCACUAUUUUAUUGCUUCUCUUUCUCUGUUGCUAGUAGCUUUUGUAAUACUUAUACCAAUAAAACUGUGGGGCAAAUAAUGGCUACUACUAUUUGUGUAUGAACUAUAUGUGUAAUGCAAAACCAAGUUAAAUUGGGGAA